UCGUGAAGUGCCGCCGCCAUCUUUUUGUCCCCGCGCGGCUCCCGUCGCGCCCCGUUCGUUGCUAUGGCGGCGGCGCGGUGGCCUUGGCACUGAGGUGCGCGGGAACUCUGUGGGGCCCUUCCCGCCCCCUGGCCCGCCCCAUUCCGGCCGCCAUGGAGGACGAGCUGUACCUCGAAAACAUCGAUGAGUUCGUCACCGAUCAGAACCGCAUUGUGACAUACAAAUGGCUGAGCUAUACUUUAGGAGUCCACGUCAACCAGGCUAAACAGAUGCUGUAUGAUUAUGUGGAGAGGAAACGAAAGGAGAACUCAGGAGCUCAGCUUCACGUCACCUACCUGGUAGCAGGAAACCUCAUCCAGAAUGGACAUACAUGCCACAAGGUUGCAGUAGUGAGAGAGGAUAAGCUGGAAGCAAUAAAGUCUAAACUGACCACGGUUACCAGCAUCCAUGUGUACAGCAUUCAGAAAGCCCUGCUCAAAGACAGCGGGCCGCUCUACAACACGGACUACGAUAUCAUCAAAACCAACCUGCACAACUGCAGCAAGUUCAGUGCCAUUCGCUGUGCUGAUGCAGUCCCCAGGGCUCCAGCUGAAGUUGCUCAAGCACGGACGUUGGCACGGGCUGCUUCCCAGACACCGAGUGACACAAGCACUGUCAGCACACCACCACUCAAUGGCCACGGUCCUACAGCUGCUAAGCAGAGCUCGCAGCCCCCCAAGGGGAUCAUGGGGAUGUUUGCAGCCAAAGCUGCUUCCAAAGCCCAGGAUACAAAUAAAGAACCCAAAGCUAAGGAGGCUCCAAGUGUGUCUGCAGCGAGCAGUAAGCCAUCAGCAAAGGCCAACAUCAUGAACAACUUCUUUGGAAAAGCUGCCAUGAGUAAACUCAAAGUCAACUCAGUGCCUGAGCAGCCAAAGGAGGAAAAAGAAGCUGUCAAGACUUCAGUUCCUGCAACAGAACCAGAGUCAUCCCCUAACACCAUGGUAGAGAAACCUGGGAGGAAAACAGAGCCUGCUAAAAUUCAACAAAAGGACAAAAAGAGUAAAAUGAAGAGGAUGGACAAGUCUGACAACGAGGAGGAAAGAGAGCCCGAAAAUCAAAAGAAGAAGAGGAAGAGAAUCAAACAACUGGAAUCUGACAGCAGUGAUGAGGAAGGUGUCCCAGCAUCUCCCACACUCCAGGAAGAGAAAGCUCCAUCUCCACCACCUCUGGUACCUGCUCUGAAGGCUGAGCUGGAGCCAGCAUCCGCUGAGGCUUCAACUGGGGGAAAGAAGAGGAAACGGAAGCGUGUGCUGAAAUCCAAAAUGUUUGUUGAUGAAGAGGAAGGCUGCAUGGUGACUGAGAAGGUUUACGAGAGUGAAUCCUGUACAGACAGCGAGGAUGACUUCGCCAAGACCAAGCCACCAGCUGCCCCCAAGCAACCUGCACUGCCUGUGAAGAAGGAACCAAAGGAAGAGAGGAAGAACCAGAAGAAAGGGGCAGCCACAGCCAGCAGGGCCAACAAACAGGUCUCCAUCAUGGGCUUCUUUCAGAAGAAAUGAACUGACUCUUUCCCCCGCUCCCUUUGGCAGCUUGAGAGUGUUGUUCUCUUUGCGUGGCUCUCUGAAAGCUGCUGCACAGGAGGAGGACAACAUGCAAUCUUCCAUUACGUAAGAUAUCUUGCUUACUGUGUAAGUAAGCCCUUUGGACUACAUUUUGUAUUGGGAAGAAGUUUUAUCUGUUCCUGCAAUAACUUCAGUCUUCGCUAUUAAGCUGUGUGAAAAUCACCACCUGGAUGCGACAUCUGGACUGAACUCUUGAAAGACUGUUCAUCUAUUUACAUGACAUUUUAUUUUCUUUUUUUUUUUAAGAUGGCCUUUUAGCAGCUUGGUGUUAAAGGCCCAUUCCACAAGUGGUAGAAUGGACUCCACUGGGAGUCAAGUUCUGGCAUCAUCUUUUUUUUUUUCCCUUUUGUUUUCCCCCUCCCUCCCUGUUUUUACACUCUCAGCUCUCCACAUUGAUCCAAACGUUCACGUUGGUGAGAAGCUGCAAUGUAGCAGGUCUUCAGGCACACACACAGAUAUUGAACAUCUGCUUCAGCUUGAACUGAAUGAAACAAACUUAAUUUUCCCCGUGAGGCUGGUAAAUAGUUUUUGCUCUGCCUUUCGUAACCUUCUUUUGGACAAAGCGGCGCAUAUAAAAUUCUCUUACCCUUUUCUUCCUUGAGCAUAUCCUCUGUAAAUUGCUCAGAAGCCUAAUUAUAGAGCCGGGCACUGGUGGUGCUCUGUCUCUGCAAAAACAUCUUAAAGGCUUCCCACACAAUUGGCUCUGGUGGAACUGGGGGAAGGCUGUGCUCUUAUUGGGAAAGCAGCGGUAUCUGUAACCUUGAAAGUUAACGAGUCAAAGGGGGGAGAAGGGUGUUCAGAGGGCUCUCCUGGUAGACCAAGGUCAGGUGUCCUUGUCUGUGAGGAGCUGCACGCAGCUUUGUGUUUUUGUUGGGCCUGCUUUGCUGCUGAAGUGUUUUACAGGCACAAACCAGACACCAUCGAGUUGUUUUCUAGGACAUCUCGUCAGCUGCCUCUGGAGGAAGUGUUGCAGCAAAUGGUUCUGAGAAACCAGUUAUUGGAGGUGAAGAAAGCACUGCAGACCCGUUGAUUAGAAAUAACUCCUCCAUUUGGAUGCCUUCUGUCAUUUGGUGCUAAGAUUUAUAUCGUAAAAGAGGUUUUCCAGAGGAUGGGUGCUCAGCAUUUCUGGAAUUUGGCUUGUGAGGUCUCAGGUGGGCGACUGAUGUGGUCAGCAGUUGUUUCUGGGUGUUGUUAGGCUGGUGUUUAUAUUGCUGUGUACUUACAUAGUGGUAUACGGAGGUGUUUGAGGUGGCACAGAGGUCUGAAGAGUGUAAACCAAAGGGGAGAUGUCUUUAGGCAGACAGCUGUAGGUAUUCUGAGCUCUGGAUAGCAAGAGGACCAACUCGUCGAUUAUAAUGGCAGUCAUUCUGGCUGAGUGAUCAAGCUGGUGGCUCACAAAAUGGGAAUGCACACCUAAUAGUUACACUUGGAUCAGCCCAAGCAGCUUGGACCCUCAGCAGAUGGGAGAGGAUCUCCUUAAACAGCCCUUGUGCCCGUGGCUGAUCCUGGCUGGAUGGGUUUGGCUGCUUAAUGGAUGGAUCACUGCAAGUGGAGGAUUGAGGGUAACCUCACACUCCAGCAUCCUCAUCAUGCAGCUCUGGACUCUCUGAACUGGAAGCUUACAGGAAAAAUAAGGGUAAGAGGCAGGAAGGCAGGCAGAACUGGCACCAGCACCCAACCAGAGCCAACUGCACAGCUGGAGGAGGUGGGGUGCUUUCAAGGUAUGUUUUAGGGAUGUGUGCAGCAGAGAUCCAUGGGGAGAAGUCAUGAAGGACCUCAUUUGGGAUGGAGGCCACCACUUAGUGUGUUGCUUUUCUUGGUGGAGUCAGGGGUAUAUUUUGAAAAGUAAGAAGUCACAAAACGUUAAGUACAGAUUUUUCUUGUAUUUUUUUUAUUCAUUAAAAGAUGUGCUCCAUCCUGA